UUUCCAAAACAUGUUGACACCCGGCUGAGCUACAUGACAGCGCUGCGCUCAUUCUGCGUUUUCUAGCUAUGUAACCAGUUUAUGACCUUCUGAUAAACAUGUAUCACAGGUUGAUCACGUGCAGGCACUCUUAAAACACCUAUGAUGUCAUCAGCUUGUAGUACAGGGACACAUGCAGGUGGAGGAGGAUGUGUUGCCAUGGAGACUUCAAACUUCGCCCAUGUCAUCUUCCAGAAUGUUGGAAAGAGCUUCCUCCCACAGGCAGCACUUGAAUGUCAUUACACACUCACCCCUUUCAUCUCUCCUCAUCCCAAAGACUGGGUUGGCAUAUUUAAGGUGGGCUGGAGCAGUGCAAGAGACUACUACACAUUCCUCUGGUCUCCAAUGCCUGAUAACUACUCGGAGGGAUCCACUGUUCACCGAACCAUCAUCUUUCAGGGUUAUUAUGUUCCCCGUAGUGAUGGAGAAUUUUAUCAGUUCUGCUAUGUCACACACACGGGUGAAAUCAGAGGUGCGAGUACGCCGUUUCAGUUCCGCCCAGCCACACCGACCGGAGAGGAACUACUGACAGUGGAGGAUGAUGGGAACACUGACAUACUGGUUGUGACAACAAAGACUGGAAUACUUGAGCAACGUGUAGAGGAAGUUCAACAGGAGUGCAGAGAACUGCAGAAAGCCCUGCGCCUCCUCACACAAGAGAGAGAUCAGCUUCAGGAGAGACAGAGACAACAGAACCAGGAGCUGCAGAAAGGUCUGCGCGAGGAGAUGGUGGCGGCCCAGGCCAGAGUAAGGCAGCUUGAACAAGACCUGCUAGAAGUCACGCAAAAGGCCAUUCUUAAAGAGGACGAACUAGAUUGUUUGAGAGACAAGCUGCAGAACAUGAUUUCUGAGAGGGACAGUCUUCAAACUCAACUGAAGAAUGAGAAGGACGAGAGAGAACUUUACAAAUCUCACGUGCGUAGCGCGGAGCUGGAGAACACUAAACUCAGCGCUGAGCUGCAGAUGCUGAAGGCGGUAGAGUUGAACAGGGAGGUCAGCAUCGCACAGUAUCAGGAGGAACUGCACAGACUACGCACAGACAGAGAUACACACUCCAAAGAUGCUACUCUUAAAGAAAAGUUGCGUCAGGCUGAGGAGCAGCUCCAGGCCACACGGCAGCAAGCGGCCAUGUUGGGCUCUGAGUUACGUGACGCCUCCGGCGGGCGAGAUCGCACCAUGGCUGAGCUGUAUCGCGUCCGUCAAGAGGCCGAAGGCCUAAGAGCCCAUUUAGCUGAAGCCCAGGAGGAAUGUAGACAUGCCCAGAAUCAGCUGAACAGGAUGAAGAGCCAGGCAACACAGGAAGCGGGCGGGGCUGGUGCGGGAAUGGGCGUGGACUCUGAGCUGGAGGCGGAGCUUCAGAAGGAGGUAGAGGAACUGAAGCUGCGUUUAAAUAUGGCUGCAGAACACUACAAAGAGAAAUAUAGAGAGUGCCAACGUCUGCGAAGACAAGUCACCAAACUAAGCCAGCAACAGGAGGCACAGCAGGGGGACUCGAACAGGAAUGAUGCAUCUACAGACACCACAUUGGAGUCACACACCCCAGAUGCAGAGGUGCCUCCUACAGAUCAAUGUCCUGCAAAAGUAAACCUUGUGGUGCAGAGAGAUGCAAGUAGACCAAGGGAUGAAAAUAGACCUGGACAGGAGGGGAAGGAAGAACAAAAGCAGGGGGAUGAUGAAGAGGAGGAGGAGCAAGAUGAAGAAGAGGAGGAGGAGGAGGAGGAGGAGCAAGAUGAAGAGGAGGAGGAGGAGGAGGAGGAGCAAGAUGAAGAGGAGGAGGAGGAGGAGGAGGAGGAGGAGGAGGAGGACUGUAGUGUGUCAGUAGAGGCUGAGCUUGCAUGCAUGGAGGAGAAAUGGAGAGAGCAGUGCACCAUCAGUGAAAACCUUAAGCUCCUCCUUUCCAAUGAGGAGAAGAGAUUUAAAGCUCAGGUAGCAGAGAAGGACAAAGAAGUUUCUGCACUGAGAGAGAGUCUUGUUGUGGUGACCAGGGAGAAGGAGAGACUGGAAGAGGAGUUGCGGCAGUGUAUGAACAGAGGGGCAGUGGCAGCUGGAAGUCAGAGGUUAGAGGUCAGCGGGCCAUUGGUGUUGCGUUACCCGUUGCCAUACCAACAAGACCCUCCUCCUCUUCCACUGGUACCACAACAACCUGCUGAACUUCAAUACGGAAACCCCUAUUCAGAGGAAGAGACUCGUGAUGGAGCAGAUGGGGCAUUAUCCCCUGAACAAACCUGCCGGCCCCCUCCUGUGGCCCCUCCACCAUGGGGUGGUCCUGUGGUCUGCAGCCAGCCUUCACGGAGUCUCAGCCCUCCUGAUGGACUGGAGAACCCAGCCGAGGAGCGGCCUAACGGAGGUGAUGGUGAGGCCCCUGCAGUCUGUGAUCAUCAGAGCCUUGAAUCCAAUGACAGCCUCUCCAGCUUCUGCUUUGACACCAGAGCUGACGUUCACAAGCGUUGUCCUCUCUGUGAGGUGAUCUUCCCUCCACACUUUGAGCAGAGCAGUUUCGAGCGACAUGUGGAGUCACACUGGAGGGUGUGUCCCGUCUGCAGCGAGCAGUUUCCUCUUGACUGCCAACAGCAGCUCUAUGAGAAGCACGUGCACACGCACUUCGAUAGCAAUGUUCUCAACUUCGACGACUUUGAAUAGAGAGAAAAAAAAUAUGUAUGUCCUUUGCUGCUUUCUUCUUUGAGUUAAACAUAAAAUGCCUCAUAAAAUGGGGCUUCAGUGUUUUAUUUGACAUAAGUUGAUGAGAUAAUUUGUUGCAAUAGCUGCACAGCUUCCAGGACAAUUCACCAGUCAGAAUAUAUGAUUUGCACAAAGAUGAGCAUUAUUCAGAUAUUUUAACUUCAAAGGGACUGAAAAUUAUACUAUAAUAUUGUAAUUCAGGUGUAAUGAAUAUAUAUAUAUAUCAGUUGAAGUCAGAAGUUUACAUACACUUGGGUUGAAGUCAUUAAUCUUCAUUUUCUAACCACUCCACAGAUUUAAUAUUAGCAAACUAUAGUUUUGGCAAGUCGGAUAGAACAUCUACUUUGUGCAUGACACAAGUAAGUUUUCCAAACAAUUGUUUACAGACAGAUUGUUUCACUUUUAAUUUACUAUUUCACAAUUCCAGUGGGUCAGAUGUUUACAUACACUGUUAACUGUGCCUUCAAGCUGCUUGGAAAAUUCCAGAAAAUGAUUUCAAGCCAAUUAGCUUCUGAUAGGAGGUGUACUAAAUUGGAGAUGUGACUGUGGGUGUAUUUUAAGACCUUCAAUCUCAGUUCCUCUUGGCUUGACAAAAUCUAAAGAAAUCAGCCAAGACCUCAGAAAACAAAUUGUGGACCUCCAAAAGUCUGGUUCAUCCAUGGGAGCAAUUUCCAAAUGCCUGAAGGUAUCACGUUCAUCUGUACAAACAAUAGUAUGCAAGUAUAAACACCAUGGGUUCAUGCAAAGAUCUUACUUUUUGGAGAAUUGUCCUCUGGUCUGAUGAAACAAAAAUGUAACUGUUUGGCCAUAAUUAACAUUAUGUUUGGAGGAAAAAUGGUGAGGCUUGUAAGUCAAAGAACACAUCCCAGUAUGGGGGUGGCAGCAUCAUGAUGUGGGGGUGCUUUGCUGCAGGAGGGACUGGUGCACUUCACAUAAUAGAUGGCAUCGAGAGGAAGGAAAAUUAUGUGGAUAUAUUGAAGCAACAUCUCAAGACAUCAGCCAGAACGUUAAAGCUCAGUCACAAAUGGGUCUUCCAAAUGGACAAUGACCCCAAGCAUACCUCCAAAGAUGCAGCAAAAUGGCUUAAGGUCAAAAAAGUCAAGGUAUUGAAGUUGCCAUCACAAAGCCCUGACAAAUCUGACUCCCUUACACCAGUUCUGUAUAGAGGACUGGGCCAAAAUUCCAGCAAUUUAUUGUGAGAAGCUCGUGGAAGGCUACCCAAAACAUUUGACACAAGUUAAAUAAUUUAAAGGCAAUGCUAACUAAUACUAACAAAGCUUGACCCACUGGGAAUGUGAUGAAAGAAAUACAAACUUAAAUCAUUCUCUUUACUAUUAUUCUGACAUUUCACAUUCUUAAAAUGGUCAUCCUAACUGACCAGGGAAUAUUUUUUUUACGAUUUAUUUUGUAUUAAUUUAAAUGUUUAAAUGUAUUUGGCUAUGGUGUAUGUAAAGUUCUGACUUCUACUGUAUAUAUAAUAUUAUAUAUAUAUAUAUAAUAACUUAAUAACUCUUUAUUUUUAAGCUCUGUGCACUACUGUCAAACUGAUUGCGCUUUAAAAAGAGAGUUGAAGGUAGGAGGUUGGUGAUUAUAAAAAUGAAGACCAUUUUUAAAGGACCAAUGAUGCAAUGAUGUGUCACUUUAUUUGGCCAAAAAGAAAUGGCCACCAUUAAUAAACUUAAGAAGUCAAACCCUUGGUCACUAAACAGAGCUGAAGUGACUGGAAUAGUGUUACCUUAGAAGCUCCUUUUCUGUGAUGCAGCCUGACAUUAAUACAUUAAUUUAAAGGGAUAAUGAUGGUUCACCAAAACAUUUAAUUUCUGUUAUUUACGCUCUCAUUAUACAAACUUGCAUUACUUUUUCUUUCAUGGAACACAAAAGGAUAUGUUAGGCUGAAUGUUAGGGACUGACAGCCUAAGUCUCAAAAAGUCAUAAAGGUUUAGAACAUGAGUGACUAAACAAUGACAGGAUUUUCAUUUUUGGGUGAACAAUCCCUUUAAAUUUAUAGCCAGAUUGACCAAGUUUCAAUGUUUCAGUGCAUCAUUGGUUCAGACAUCUUAUAUUGAACAAUUAAACAUUACGAUGCAUGUACUGGUUUCAGCAUUAUGUACGUCUCAUUUUACUAAUACAGUGCACACUUCACAGAUUUGAUCACGUUCACAGUUGCUGCUUGAAAUCCAUUUAUAUGACACAGGUGAGGCUGCUCACUGUAAAUGUGACAGCAAGUUUAACUUAGGGUUGCUCUGUGUUUGUAUGUGUCAAGUGUAUGUUUAUUAAUAAAUUAUGCUACAGCU